GUCUCCAUCGCCAAUAUCGUCUUGACCGGCAUAUCGAUCACACACACACACUCUCUCUCUUUCUCUCUGAAUUAUCAUGUCUUUCCACGUCUCUUGUUCUAGUUUUCAGGUUAAGGACUAAGAGGUUGAAGAGGAAAGGGAGUCGCAGAAAUGACAGAGGUUGAUGAAAAUCUGGUGGAGAAAAUCCUGUCAACUCUGCCUCCCAAGGCUCUGAUGCGAUUCAAAUGCGCCUCUAAAGUGUAGUAUGCGCUGAUCAAAGAUCCCAGGUUCGUAGCUAAGCACCUCUUCAAUUACAAUUACAAUUCCAAUUCCAAGCUUCUGCUCUUUAUGAAGAGGCGUUUAGUCUCCGAGGACAUCAAGGACACUGCUAAUGAGACUAAUUACAAUUACAAUGCAAUAAUGAUGAUGAUAUUGAUAAUGGUGAGGACAGCAUUAUUAUCUCUAGUGUCGAGGACAUCAAGAUUCCUCUUUGUAUGAGUCUAAAGACUAGAGGCGAAGCAGUUCAUAUUGUAGGGCAUUGCAAUGGAAUCAUCUGUCUACUUCUAGGAGUUCUAGCUAAUUCUUUUCAGCUGCUUUUAUGGAACCCAGCAAUUCAGGAAUUCAAGCUUCUUCGCCCCCGUCCAUACCUUCAAGAUGUUGAUUGGGAAAGAACUCUGUGGUUCAAGUAUGUUCAAGGGUCUGGAUAUGAUCCUAAAUUGAACGAAUAUAAAGUUGUUAGCAUUGGACUAGUUUAUCCAGAUGAUUUUAGGGAUGAUAGAUAUGUUAUUCAUCAUCCUCCAAAACCAGCAAUAUACACUUUGAGUACUGAUUCUUGGAAAGAGAUCAAAACCAAUGCUUUCGAAACAGAAACCACUCUCCUUAUACCCGAAAAUUUCCAGAUUCAAUUCAAGCAAAUGUUUUAUUGGUCAGGAUAUGAGCAACAUGAGGAACUGGAUUUGUUUGAUAUAGACGAGGACUCCAUUGGGCCGGUCAUCAUUUUGUUGGAUAUUGAGAAUGAGGUAUUUCAUGAUAUCAUGUUACCUGAUAGUUUAUAUCCUCGCUUUGUCAUGUUCAAUCCCAGUCUCUAUAUUAAUGGUAUGCAACUUCGAGUGUGGAACGAAUCCCCUGCUCUUUUUGUAUUGGUUGAUAAACUUCAAGGUAUUAAACCUGAAGAAGAUGAAUCUUUUGUAAUAUGGGUGCUGGAUGAACUUGGUGGUGCUUGGACAAAACACACGACUCUUGAACCCACAGAGAAGCCAUUGACACUUUUGAAUAGCAAUAAGAUAGUUAUAAAUGAUUUCAUGGGACUUGUACUCUGCUAUGAACUUCGUAGCAAAAGGCUUAAAGAUAUUCUUAUUCAAAACACGCCUUAUUCUCAUAUAUAUGUCCGGUUAGAUGACAUUGCAGCUGUUAUCUACGUGAAAAGUAUAGUUUCAGUAUUGGGAGCCCAGAAGCUCCAAAGCAGAAAUAAUUCCAACGUGGCGAACUUUUCUCUACUCACGCACUUUCCAUUCAGUCCUUCAAUAGUGGACAGGGAAUCGACCUCAUAUUCAAUAUGGGCCAUCCCAUCGGGUGAUGUGUCUCUUAGGAUCAAGAAAGUGAUGGAAAGUCUCAGGGCCGAGUUCGGUGGGCCGGAGAUCGAACCACAUAUCCCUUUUGUGUUAAUAUGUACAACUGAGAUAUGCAAUGACCAUUUCGGUUUACCUUCACGUAAGUUCCCUUCAUUGUUGAACUGCUUUUUCCGGGAUGGUAGGCCAUAUUUGAGUCUCCUUUACGGGCGUCUGACAGAAGAAGAGAGGAAAAUAGCUCUAGAAAAAGUUUGCAAGCUAGAUAAAAACAUUUCCAGCUUGAGCUUCACCAUAGCUCAACUCGGAUUGUACAAAAUCGACUACAGAGAUAUAACUCUCAGAUCUUGGGAGAAAAUUACUGAAUAUACUCUCCCAUUCCCUUAG